AUGGAACUGAGUGGCUCAUUCGUGAAUUCUAGAAGCACAGCUUCUGGUAUGCGUAGCUUUGAAUCUGAUAACACUGUAACCGGUGGAACGGAGAGCAAUCCUGAACUCUCUCCAUUGAGAAGAAACUUCGGCUUUCUGGGAAUGCCAGCACUUACGUCAUCAACAGCACCUGCAUCUCAACCACGUCAAGGUGGUAUCCAAGGACUUCUGAACACAUUUUUUGGGCGUAGCUUUUUCGUAGCUUAUCUCGUAUACAUGCACCGGAAUACUGUGAAAUCAAGCAAUCCAAUUUUUCAAUGCCGCCAAGAUCGAGAACUGAAACAAAAAUGUCUUGAUGCAUCUCCAAAAUGGGAACAUUGUUCCGCUAUCGCAGAAAGAAAGCGCGACGAUGGAGUGGUUCACUAUGCUCUAUUCCAGUUUCUUCCCGAGGGUUUAGGACUAGUUCAUUGCAUCACUAGUCAGCAGCUGGAUACCAACACCGUAUGUUCUGGAUUUUUCCCUUCUAACGCUUUCUUAAACGAGCGUCGGCUUAUAAAAAUCAAUUAUACAGGCUCAGGCAAGGGUGAUCAUUGUUCCGAUUUUGAAGUUUUAGAAUAG